UUUUUCCUCGCAGAGUUCUCGCUUGUGGCGCUGCUCAUCCGCUUCGGGACUUCGCUCUCCAGAGUCACAGCGAGCUGUUACCUGGUCGCUUUGAUCCGGUUUUACCGUAACCGUGUGAACGGACAGGUUUCUGCCACAAUGCCUUUCCGGUAUCCGAACGCGUACCGCGACGAAGCCGUAGUGGACGACUAUCACGGCCAAAAGAUUCCCGAUCCGUACAGCUGGCUGGAGGAUCCGGACAGCGAAAAGACGCAGGCGUUCGUGAUUGCCCAGAACCAGCUCACGUUACCCUUCCUGGACGAGUGUCCGGUCCGAGAGACCUUUAAAGAGCGCAUGACUGAGCUCUACGACUACCCCAAAUACAGCUGCCCCUUCAAGCGGGGCAACAGGUAUUUUCACUUCUACAACACAGGCUUGCAGGACCAGAGCGUCCUCUACGUGCAGGCAGACCUGGAGGCGGAGCCGACCGUGUUCCUCGACCCGAACACGUUCUCAGACGAUGGGACCGUGGCUUUACGAGGUUAUACGUUCUCGGAGGAUGGCGAGUACCUGGCGUAUGGCACCAGUGCCAGCGGCUCUGAUUGGGUGGAGAUCCAUUUCCUGCGGGUGGAGGGGGCAGAGCCACUGGAGGACCGACUGGAGAGAGUGAAGUUCACAUGUAUGUCCUGGACUCACGAUGGGAAAGGCCUGUUCUACAACGCAUACCCCGACCAGGAGGGCAAGAGUGAUGGCACUGAGACGUCCACUAAUCUGAACCAGAAGCUGUACUACCAUGUGCUUGGUUCUCCACAGUCUCAGGAUGUCCUGUGUGCAGAGUUCCCUGACCAGCCCAAAUGGAUGAGUGGAGCUGAGGUGUCUGAUGAUGGCCGUUAUGUGUUGCUGUCUAUCAGAGAGGGUUGUGAUCCAGUCAACAGACUGUGGUACUGUGACCUCGACACUGUUCCUGAUGGCAUCACAGGCCUGUUGCCGUGGGUGAAGCUGAUCGACAACUUCGACGCGGAGUACGAGUACGUGACCAACGAGGGCACGGUCUUCACCUUUAAGACCAACCUGGACGCGCCGCGCUACCGCCUCAUCAACGUGGACUUCGCCCAACCAGCACAGAACCUGUGGAGGGAGCUUCUCCCCCAGCACCGCAAGGACGUCAUCGUGUUUGCCGCAUGCACCCACUCCACCUGUCUGUUCGUCUGCUACCUCCACGACGUGAAGAACGUUCUGAAGAUGUACGCGCUGGGCUCGGGCGAGGAGCUGAAAACCUUCCCGCUGGAGGUGGGCUCACUGGUGGGCUUCACCGGACGCAAGAAGGACUCUGAGAUCUUCUACCACUUCACUUCCUUCCUCUCGCCUGCCAUCAUCUACCACUGUGAUCUGACCAAAUCAGCUCUGCAGCCGAGCGUCUUCAGGGAGGUCACGGUGAAGGGCUUCAACCCUGCAGACUACCAGACCACGCAGGUCUUCUACACCAGUGUGGACGGUACCCAGGUGCCCAUGUUUAUCGUACAUAAGAGAGACAUUGACCUGGACGGCUCACACCCCGCCUUCCUUUACGGAUACGGAGGAUUCAACAUCUCCAUUACACCCAGUUACAGUGUGUCCAGGCUCAUCUUUGUGCGGCAUCUGGGUGGAGUGUUAGCUGUAGCCAACAUCAGAGGCGGAGGAGAGUAUGGAGAAACAUGGCACAAAGCGGGGAUGUUGUCGAACAAGCAGAACUGCUUCACGGAUUUCCAGUGCGCCGCAGAGUAUCUGAUAAAGGAGGGCUACACCUCCCCGAAGAAACUCACCAUCAAUGGGGGCUCCAACGGGGGUCUCCUCGUGGGGGCGUGUGUGAACCAGCGGCCGGACCUCUUCGGCUGCGCCGUGGCUCAGGUGGGGGUCAUGGACAUGCUGAAGUUCCACAAGUUCACCAUCGGCCACGCCUGGACCACAGACUUUGGCUGCGCCGAGGUCAAGGAGCAGUUCGACUGGCUCAUCAAGUACUCUCCCCUUCACAACAUCCACAUCCCCGAGGGAGACGGCGUCCAGUACCCGGCCGUGCUGCUGCUGACGGGUGACCACGAUGACCGCGUGGUGCCUCUCCACUCCCUCAAGUACAUCGCCACCCUACAGCACGUGAUUGGCCGCUGGCCCGGGCAGAAGAACCCACUGUUCAUCCACGUGGACACCAAGUCUGGCCACGGUGCUGGGAAACCCACCAGCAAGGUCAUCCAGGAGGUCGCGGACAUGUACGCCUUCAUCGCCCGCUGCCUGGACCUCUGCUGGCUCAACUAAAACACACACGCAGUUCUUCAGUUGUUUGUUUGUACCUGGAUGGUUGACUGUGUUGUUCAUUGGUCAGAUUCUGCCUUGUCCAGUCCCCCACUGGGGGACCACAGCCAUAAGGCAUCUGGGACACUGCGCACUGGGUUUAUUUAUUUGUAGGACUACAGAAACCACGUAAACAUGUUCUUGAGGCAUUAAGUUCUGAUGUGUAUUACGGCUGAGCAGCACGGAGUGGCAGAGACAGUCCCUCACAGCGUGUGCGUGCGUGUGCGUGUGUGAGGGUGAGUGGAUUCGUGUCACAUCUUCACUGAAGCUUGUUUCUACCUCCAGAUUUAUGCAGAUGGUUUGAACCUUUUCAAGUGGGGGGAAAAACGACACCACAGAAAAAUAAAACCAAUCGUGUAAGAAACACA